AUGGCCCAGGAAACUGUGGUAACCCCCUUGACGGGCGAAAAUCUCGUCCCGCAAGGCGUUCGUCGCGACGCGACCGAACCACCACAAUCAACAGUAACAAAGCAACAAGAACAACAACCAACAAGCGCGAGGUCGAUCAGGAACCGGAUCCGGGUGUUCUUACAAUCUGGAAUCGCAACGAUGGAGCAACUAGAAUUAGUAGCAGAUCUUAUGCUACAGCAACUACAAGAAAACCCAACCGAUCAGUUCAACAAUCUGUUUCUUCAAGCAUUUGUUCAGCAGAUCAAAAUCUUUGCAUCCUCGCAAGGCGAGCGUACGGAGACGUUAACGGAACUCAAGGGGAUGCUUGAAACUGUCCUACAAGACACCGCCGUGAUCCGUACAAGAACUGAGCAAUCAACCAAGUCAAGCGUAUCAACGGGAUUGUCUAGCGACUCCGCUAUCUUCUGGAAAACCGCCCAAGCGCAUGUGUGGCAAGCUGGGAUACGGAGCGCGGCCUCACCUCUCUCUCAAAGCGCGGGAUCGUCCACCCCCGGUGUUAGCCGUGCAGAGCUGGGCAUGGACUGUGAGAUCGUCGUCAAGAUACGUGACGAUUCCGAACGAACGGCCGUAAAGAAGCUACAACCCUCAGACCUUGUGAAGCGUGCUGAACGAGCCAGGGCUCACGCAGCGAAGAGCACUCCAAGCCUGCCUCUAGCCGGUCACGCCUUUAUUGCCGCACGACAGCUUCCUUCGGGUGAUAUCAGCCUCCGGGCGAAUCACGCCGCAGGCGCUGAGGUCCUCCGCCAGCACGGGAAGAAUUGGGUUCACACCUUUGGGAAGUCAGCCUACGUACGUGUCCCGACGUGGGGAAUCGUCAUCGACGGCAUGCCGGUGCGAUUAGUGGACAUGAGUGAGGAAUUCAAACAGCAGUUGGUCGCGGAGAACCACUACCACUGGGGACAAGGACAAUUCGAGGUUGAGAUCGCGCACGUCGGCUGGCUCACAACGCCGAGAAGCUACCUAGGAUCGCUCGUGGUCGAGUUCACAAACCCAGUCGUGGCCAACAACGCAAUCCGCGAGGGGACGGUUUGGCAUUCCCACUCUCUCACCAAUAGGUCCUACUGCAAGGAUGGACGGUGUAAGAUGUGCAAAAAGUGCCAAAAAUACCGGCAUGUACAAGCUCAAUGUCCGAAUCGGAAGUAUAAUUGUGGGCUCUGUGCGGAGGAGCAUCCGACCUUGGAAUGCCCUCACAAGCAGAGCAGGAACGUGACGUUAAAGUGUGCCAAUUGUAAGGGUGCCCACAAGGCCGCCAGUGAUAGCUGCCCUAUCCGGAAGGAUGAGAUGGCACGAGCCCGCCAGGCUAUUCUUAUAAAUGGUACAGAACAUCGUAUUCCACAAUACUUACAAACAAAGAUGAUGCAACAAACCACCGACCCAACACCACAAGAAGCCGCUCGAAUCCAGGCUCCAAAGAAGGUUACCAGAAAAACGACAACAACAACGGCGACAGGCACUAAACGUGUCAAAAAGACACAGCCGACAACAAUCACACCAACCACGACAAUCACUGAAACUAAUGUACUAGCACUAGCACUGACACUUGAGCCUGAGGCUAUUAUACCAACGGUUGAACACUCAACGACUCUAGAGGCCCCAGCAGCACCUCAAAUUCUCCCACGAACAAGCGUACGCGGACCUACAACCACAGUCCCAGUGAGACCUGAUAGCGUCACUGAGAAACGACCCCGGGGACGUCCGCCCAAGUCAAAAUCGUCCAACAACGACGAGGAGGGCGAAGCAGAGCCUCAUAAGCAUAUUAACACUGCGUUAAUAGCGAGCCAGCCAAAUCUACCGGCGACAAUCAAUCCAGCAAUACUCAACAAUCUCAACACUAUAUCAUCGACCGCGCCGCCAAUGACGACACGCUCACGAGGCCUUGGCCAGCCAGUCGAUAUGCGCAAUGACCCAGAACGUCCUCUUCGCGAACAACGCCGUCGUGAACGACCCCGAUCUCAAUCGUACGAUAACGCACCAUUGCCACCACUCCCACCGAUGAACAUGGAGUACCGCGAAGACGACUGUAUUGUACUCAACAGCGUAGCCAGCUUCCGAGAGAUCGAUAGUGAAGAACUUAAUUCCGAUGCACGACGGGAUAUACUAUCUCAAUUUACCACCAAUCGCAACCACUAUCCUCGGAAUCCCCUAAUCCAGGAGGAAGAAUGA